GUCGUUUAGUGUUGAUUUUUAAUUUUUUUGGCACAGUGAUCUUAAGGGCUGUCUGUUUAUUGUUUUUGUAGAUAUUUUUUUGGGGAAUUUAAGAGAUAUGUUUUAGUUUUUUGUUAUUGAGCAUCUCUUUUCAUCGUUUGUGCUGAAAAUUUUCCGUGGAUUGUUGUUGUUAUAUCUUGUGCUGGUGUUAGAUUGUGAAAUUGCUUACAGCUGCAAACACAAUUCAGUGAUUGACAUACGCGCGUGUAGGGAGUUUUGUUGAUUUCCCAAUUUUCUGUUGUUUGAAUUUCCUUUUAAUUGAUGAAAAGGGGGUGAAUUUGAUGACUAAUGAAAAUUUCAUGUGGCAGCAGCAAGAGCUUUUAAAUUAAACCUGCUUAAAGAGAAGAGAUCGACUCUUUGCUCAUCUUUUAAUUAUGUCUUUGUGGAUCUCAUUUUUCAGAGGCGAAUAUCUUGUUGGGAGGUGGGAUUACUAGCUUUAGUAAAGGUGGAGAGUAACCCUAAGAUAUAUUGAAAGAUCAAUAUAGCAUAAUUCUGAGAAUCUUUUUUCAAGUUCGGGACUAGUCAACUUUUCUUCAGAGCUUCUUGUCUAAUUGUUCCUUGACCUAUGUGAGAUUCUAAAUGUUCCUUGUGGUAUUUGUACCUGAUAUGAAUUGAGAGGGAGAGGGGGAGAGAGAGAGAGAGCUACAACUCACUCAACCUUAUACAGCCUUUGUCAAGUAGCUUGAAAACCUGGUUAAAUAGCAUAACUGCAAACAAUAUUACAAUCUCUGUAGAAUAAUUUCGACAAGUUACGAGGAUGAUUUGCCAUGGCCCUAGGAUCUAAUGACUAUGAGAAAUGAAGGACGCGGGGUCUUGAGGAUCUUUAGCUCUAAAAUCUCAUGUGUAUUUACCUUUGACUUACUCAUGCCUCCUCUAUGAUGUGUGCCAUCCGUUUCUCUACAUAAACACAGUACGAUUCCAAGGAAAUUUUUAUAUAAUGGACAGAUCAGAUACAUCCGGUUUUGUUAGCGGUGGAGGUAGUUUAUUUGGUUUUACUUCUCUUGGUUUUUUCAUUUUAGUAUACAGCAUUUCCUGUUAAUAAUUCUGUAAAACCCCCUUCAAUCAGCUCACCCAACACUCGAUACGAAAAAACAUAGAAGCCAGAUAGAAUAGGGAUUUUUAUUGGUGACAGCAAAGGCAAAAUGUAUUCCUCUUUUGACUUCCAAAGGAAUGGUAAUGGUGGAACUGGAGAUACUACCCUGCGAUUGGAUUGCUUUGGAUAUGGAACUAUGGAAACUGGGAACAGCCAAAUGAACAGCAGUAGUCGGGGUAAAUGCAUGGAUGCUCCUGAUGAUGGGUGCAAGUUAGUACUUGGAUUGGGUCCGACACCGACUGCAUAUACUGGUGAAUGCUCAUCCUACAGAUUGGACAAAGUCGAAGGAAGAACAAGCGUAGUUGACCAGGGAGUGUUUUCUCAACGUGAUUCUAUUUUGAAACUUGGGCUCUCAGGUGGCACUGAUGCAGGUUCUAGUAUGCUCGAGUUUUCAGGUUCUACGAACAGCCCUUUCAGUGGAUCUCGUCGUCUAUCUGAUCAAUAUUUCUCAGAUGGUAACCGAACUGCAAUUCCUGUUGUUGAUGAUGAGGGUUCUACAUCCGCCAAGAAAUCAGGUGGCUACAUGACGGGACUUAUUUUGGCACCAUCGAAGGAAAGUUCAAAUAUUUAUUCAACAGAUAAGUUUCUUGAACUUGAUCCCAAGUUAUCUCAUUGCCAACAAGUUUCCCAGUUGAGUUCAGAGCCUUCGGCAGUCUCCGGCUACACUCUGAGCGCCAUGUCCGACCCUGGAAGUGCUGUGGUGUCUUCCGAUCAAAAAGGGUGUAGCAACUCAAAAAGAUGCAAGUUCUUGGGGUGUGCCAAAGGUGCCCGAGGAGCAACAGGUCUCUGUAUUAGCCAUGGAGGCGGACAACGAUGCCAGAAACCAGGAUGCAACAAAGGUGCCGAGAGCCGAACAGCAUACUGCAAAGCCCAUGGAGGCGGGCGAAGGUGUCAACAUUUGGGAUGCACUAAAAGCGCCGAAGGAAAAACCGAUCACUGCAUAGCUCACGGUGGAGGCAGACGAUGUGGAUAUCCAGGAGGAUGCACCAAAGCUGCGCGUGGCAAGUCCGGUUUGUGCAUCCGACAUGGCGGCGGUAAGAGGUGUAAAAUCGAAGGCUGCUGCCGCAGUGCCGAGGGCCAGAUCGGCCUUUGCAUAUCCCAUGGAGGCGGACGUCGUUGCCGCUUCACCGACUGCACAAAAGGAGCUCAGGGAAGCACCUUGUACUGCAAAGCCCACGGCGGCGGAAAACGCUGCAUAUUCGCCGGCUGCACAAAAGGCUCCGAAGGGAGCACGCCCCUCUGCAAAAGCCACGGCGGUGGGAAACGUUGCCUGUUCGACGGCGGUGGAAUAUGCCCGAAAAGCGUGCACGGAGGCACGAAUUUCUGCGUCGCCCACGGCGGAGGAAAGCGAUGCGCUGUUCCGGGAUGCACCAAGAGCGCCCGCGGCAGGACGGAUUGUUGUGUCCGGCACGGUGGCGGGAAACGGUGUAAGUUCGAGAACUGCGGUAAGAGCGCGCAGGGUAGCACGGACUUCUGCAAGGCCCACGGCGGCGGGAAGCGGUGCGGCUGGGGCGAUCAGAAGUGCGAAAAGUUUGCUCGGGGUAAGAGCGGGAUGUGCGCGGCGCACGCCAGCCUGGUUCAGGGCGGCGGCGGCGAUGCGAAGAGAGGAGGGAUGAUCGGACCGGGGCUGUUCCGGGGACUCGUUCCGGUUAGCGCAAAGAUGAGCUCGUCGUCGGGCGUUAGCGCAAUCUCGGAGUCGCCGGAGAAACGGCGGAGGAAACGGCAGCAGCUGAUCCCUCCUCAGGUAUUGGUUCCUAUGUCGAUGAAGUCGGUGUCUUAUUCUUCUUCUUCUUCAUCGUUCAACUCAAAUCCUGGAAAGAAGCAGCAGGUAAUGGAUUUGGAUUUGGAGGUGCCUGAAGGGCGAGUCCAUGGCGGCGGGCUCCUGUCGCUGCUUGGGGGAAAUAUUAGAAAUGCAAAUGCCGUUGGUGAAAUUAAUGGGAUUUGAACCCUCUCUUCUCCUUGUCCAAAAAAUUCUUAUUCUUGAAUCUUUGUUUGCAUGUCUGUCAUUUGAACUUGCAUGUUAUGUAUCUUGUGUAAAUUGCCUCA